AUGCCUUCCCAGGAGCAGGUCCCUCAGCAGCAGCCCAUGGCUGCCACCAACCCCGAGGCUCAGGCUGCGCGCGCCAGCACCGAGCAGCCCCGCCCUGCUGAGCCCAUGACUGUCGGCCUUCGUGGCGGCCACGAUGGCGAGGGUGAGGCUAUUUGCUGCGGUCUUUGCGCCGGCCUCUGCUGCUUCGAGUGCUGCGAGUGCUGCUGCUAA